AUGUCACAGCCACCACCAACAGGAGCCUACAAUACAGGCUACCCUCCUCAGCCAAUGAAUCCACAACAACAACAGUAUCCAGGUUAUCAACAACCACCUGUUGCUCAACCAUAUGGACAACCAAUGCCUCAGAAUGUUGUUGGUGUAGUACCAACAUCACCUCAACAGCAACCACAGCCACAAAUGUAUCAGACACAGCCACAGUCUCAUCUACAGCCACAGUCACCAAUGGCACCUCAGCCAUAUAACACACAACAGGUGGCCGGUAAUGUUCCUGCACCUAUUACUCAGCCUUAUGUACCACAACAGCAACAGCAAGGUACUCCACAGACUCAAGUGUACCAACAGCUACCACCUCAACAACAGCAGAUGUAUCAACAACAGCCACCAAUGGGUGUUGUUGCUCAGCCAUAUGGACAACCUCCAGCAGUUGUUGGUCAGCCCUACAUGAACAAUCAACAGCAACCUUAUGGACAGCAGGUUGCCCCUCAGCCACAGAUGUAUCAACAGGUGCCACCCAUCCAAGGUCAAGUUCAAGGUCAAGGCCUGGGUCAGCAGCAGCCACCCUUUGGACAGCCAUACCAACAGCAGCCUUAUCAGCAAGCACAACCUGGAUACCCACCACAACAACAGAUGCAGUAUCAGCAACAGCAACAAUACCAGACAGGACAACCUGGUCAGCCACAACAGCAGCAGCCAUAUGGUCAACAACAGUAUCAACCACAGAUGCCCAACAUGCAGGGUCUGUCACUUGGUCCCAACCCUGGCCCCAACCCAGUGGUGCAGGCACCAGCGCCACAGGGCGAGAACAGGAUCAAUCAGGCACAGGUGCCCAACCCCGCCACCGUGCUCGAAGCCAACAAAGCUUACGUGUUCAACACCAAUGCCACAGACAUGCCACCACCCUCCUCCAUCCAGCAGGCGGUGAUCGAUCAGCACAACUCGGCGCCAUACUUUAUGCGCUCCACUCUGUACACAAUCCCCGACACGGAGGACACGCUCAACAACACCAGUCUGCCAUUCGCCAUUCACACGACUCCCUUGGCAGGCCACGACACUCUGCCCCUCGUCGACCACGGUCCCAGUGGACCCAUUCGUUGCACACGUUGCAUGGCCUACAUGAACCCGCACAACACCUUCAUCAAUGGUGGCAAGUUCUUCAUCUGCAAGCUCUGUGACUAUGAGAAUGAUGUCCCUCAACACUACUUUAGUGCGACACUUCCAAGUGGCGUGCGAUCUGAUUAUGAUCAGCGCGCUGAGCUUCAACGUGGAUCGUACGAGUUUGUGGCACUGACAAAGCCAACCGACCCCAAGCUGCAGCCAGCCUACGUGUUUGCCAUUGAGAUCUCCACCAACACGGUGACAUCUGGCGUACUGGCCACCGUCGUGCAGAGCCUCAGGAAGGUGCUCAAUGAGAUGUACGAUCACACGCCACAGCGUAUCGGUAUCAUUACAUACGACACCGACGUCCACUUCUGGAGCUUCAAGAAGAACUACAACACGCCCCAGAUGAAGGUCGUCACCAAGAGCAGCGUAUUCGUGCCCAUCCAGGAAGGCUUCCUCGUGGACUACCGCGAGUCCAAGGCGCUGGUCGACUACUUCUUUGACAACAUCACCAACUUCUUCAAGUACCCACAGCCCCCCAACAAGGAGUUUGCGUUUGGCGCCGCCGUCCAGUCGGCCUCGCUCGCAUUAGAGAAGUGUGGUGGUCGCGUGUUUGCCUUCUCCACCAACCUGCCCAAGGGCAACCCGGGCGCCGUACACAAGCGCGACGCCAAGUCUGAGAAGAACCUGGUGCCCGCGCCCGCACCCUUCAGCAACUUCUACAAGCCCGUAGCACAGCACUGCGCCAAGACCAACGUGUCGGUCAACCUAUUCCUGAUUCCAAGCGAGGAGUGCGAGCUGGCCACGACGGCCGUGCUGGCAACGACUACUGGCGGCCACAUUCACUACUAUCAACAUCUUAGACACGACAGCAUGGAGGCACUGCACGACGACAUUGUUCAUGAUGCCACUCAACCGUACGGACUCAACGUGGCAAUCAAGAUCCGUUGCAGUCGCGGUCUGACCGUGGCCUCCAACCUUGGCCACUUUGUCGAGGAGGAGGGCGAGGUGCGCAUUGCGGGCCUCACCAACGACAAGUGCAUCACCACAUUGAUCAAGUAUGACGACAAGCUGAAACCCAAGUCUAAGGCCUACCUCCAGUUCGCCAUGAUGUACACCAACAUGCGUGGCGAGAGCCGCAUCCGUGUGCACAACCUGCGUCUCAAUGUGGAGGCGGCGGCGCCAGCCACCAUGUCCACCUUCUUCAAGGAUGCCGAUUUAGACUCGAUCAUCACACUGUUUGCCAGGGUGCGCACCAUCACCACAGAGAAGGCCGUCGACCUCCUCGCGUCCUACCGCAAGCACUGCGCAGCCGACAAGUCGCACACUCAGCUGAUCCUUCCCGAGUGCUUCAAGCUGCUGCCCAUAUAUGUGCUGGCCAUGAUGAAGGCGCCCGCCUUCUUGCUGAGCGGCUCGACGCCCGACCUAAGAGUGUACCUUGUCAGUCUCUUUGCCUCAUUGCCACCAGCCAAGAUCAUACCCAUGGUCUAUCCACGUCUGUACCCGAUUCACAACCUGCAGCCACAGCAUGGAACACAGCAUGCGGACCAUCACUACACCAUCCUGCCGCCCUUCGUACGUCUGUCUCAAGAACAAGUUGUACAAGACGGUGUGUUCAUCGUUGAGAACGGUCGCAACAUCUUCAUCUGGGUUCAGCAAUUCGCCUCACAGAACGUACUCCGUGAUCUGUUCUCAAUCGACUCCAUCGUUGGACACAACGCUACAAAGAUCGCAUCUUUGUUUGCUUCGUUGAAUGGUGCCAAUGACUACCAUCAACGUGUGGAGAACAUUGUUAGUGAGAUCAGCAGGUUGCGUGGAUUGGGUUCAUCACAGAGAUCAGUGCAGUUUGUGAUCCAGAACGAUCCAAUGGAUUCUUAUCUACGGUCCCUAUUCUACGAGGACAAGGGAUUGGACUCUGUAUCCUAUAUAGACUAUUUAUGCCAGAUUCAUCGACAGAUACAGAACAAACUCUCGUAA